UUGGAGCACUCCUUUGUGCCUCGGGCUGGAGUUUGCGUGUAUGUCAGAGAGGACAUCUGUUCUCGACGCCUCGGCAGUCUUGAAGGUUCGGACCUGUCCAUCCUUUGGCUACGCGUAGACAGCGACGACCAUCCGCGCGUCUACGUGUGCCUCUAUAGGUCCCAUAGCGGUAAUGCCGAAACAGACCGACUCAUCGACCACGUCCAAAUGGCUACAGAUUCCUUGCUACAACAGGUCCCAUCCGCAGAGAUCGUGAUCCUUGGCGAUUUUAACGCCCACCACGCCGAAUGGCUCGGUUCACGUUUAACCGAUCAUGCGGGGAGAUCUGUUUAUGACUUUGCCUUGGCAUAUGGUCUGACACAACUGGUUACAUCGCCUACGCGGAUUCCAGAUGUUGAGGAUCAUACACCUUCCCUGUUGGACCUUCUGCUGACCUCUCAUCCGGACGGAUAUCAGGUUUCCGUCGAUGCCCCUCUUGGCUCUUCGGACCAUUGUCUGAUCCGGAGUGUGGUGCCACUCACGCUCCCCUCGCGGUUGCGUUCUGCAGGUUGCCGCCGUGUUUGGCAUUACAGGUCGGCGGAUUGGGACGGAAUGCGGUCUUUCUUUGCUUCCUACCCAUGGGGGCGGGUUUGCUUCUUGCCGGAUGAUCCCAGCGCUGUUGCUGACUCUGUCACUGAUGUAGUGCUACAGGGAAUGGAACUAUUUAUUCCAUCAUCUGUGGUACCCAUCGGAGGCAGAUCUCAGCCUUGGUUUGGUCGCUCCUGUAAGACUGCAUUACGCAGUAAGCAGGAGUGUUAUCAAGCCUGGGCUGCGGCUUCGGUGACUCGGGAUGUAAACACCAGCACACUCAAAAAGAAGUAUAACUUCGCCUCCAGGUCCUUCAAAAGAGUUAUUGCCAAGGCAAAGUCAGAGCACAUAGGCAGAAUUGGCGAGAAACUAGUUCGCCUUCCUUCGGGAACCCGUGCAUUCUGGUCUCUCGCCAAGGCUGUCCAAGGGAAUUUCUGUAAGCCAUCACUACCAUCUCUGCACAGGGAGGACGACUCACUGGCCCACGACGCAAAAGAGAAGGCCGACCUUUUAGGCUCCCUUUUUGCGUCCAACUCGACUGUUGAUGACGGGGGGAACACACCGCCGACCAUCCCGCGGUGUGAGUGCUCCAUGCCGGAUGUGCGAUUCUCACAGCGCUCGGUUCGCAGAGCACUCCUCUCCCUUGACAUCCACAAGUCGAGUGGGCCUGACGGAAUCCCCCCAAUUGUGCUGAGGACGUGUGCUCCGGAGUUGGCACCGGUUCUAACGCGUCUUUUCCGGUACUCCUACUCCCUAGGCGUAGUCCCGAAAUCAUGGAAGACAGCUUUUGUCCACCCGAUCCCUAAAAAAGGCGACCGCUCAGAUCCGUCCAACUACAGGCCUAUCGCCAUCACCCCCUUGUUCUCCAAAAUAAUGGAAUCCGUUGUAAACUGCCACCUCAUGCGGUACCUUGAGGAUCACCAGCUGAUUAGUGACCGCCAGUACGGUUUUCGUCGGGGUCGAUCAGCUGGUGAUCUUCUGGUCUACUUAACUCAUAGAUGGGCGUUGGCAGUAGAGUCCAAGGGGGAGGCAUUGGCCGUUAGUCUGGACAUUGCGAAGGCCUUCGAUCGGGUUUGGCACAAAGCGCUUCUUUCGAAGCUCCCUUCCUAUGGGCUUCCCGAGAAAUUAUGCAAUUGGAUCACCAGCUUUCUUGCAGAUCGGAGCAUCAAGGUCGUUGUAGACGGUGCAUGCUCCGACUACAAGCCUAUUAACGCUGGUGUUCCACAAGGCUGCGUGCUAUCACCAACGCUGUUUCUUCUGCAUAUCAAUGAUAUGUUGCAAGCUGGUAGCAUUCAUUGCUAUGCAGAUGACAGCACUGGUGAUGCUCUAUACACCGGCCGUGCCAAUAUUUCUCGGGAAAACGUCACCGAGUACCGGAACAAACUUGUGUCUGAAGUCGAGUCUUUGCUGGACAAAGUCUCGGAUUGGGGGCGACUAAAUCUAGUCCAGUUUAAUCCUCAGAAGACACAAGUUUGCGCGUUUACCGCUAAAAAGAACCCCUUUGUCUCUACUGCUAAACAUAAGUACUUUUAUAGAUUGUCUCAAAGGAUCUUUGUCACAGCUACCACGCUUGGCAGGCGGAUUGGCAACUGCAGUUUUUUUUAA